AUGCUCUAUCUGUGGUUUUCUCCUAAGGUCAAAACAUUAUUGGCGGAAGGUAUCAACAGGCCACGGAAAGGCCAUGACGCUGGAGAUCACCCUCCCAUCACCCCAAUGAGAGCUGCCUCUGAAGCAGAGUUAGGGAGCGAUGGAUGGAGGCUGUUCGAAUACAUUACAAGGCAUUUUAUCGCCACCAUCAGUGCUGACUGUAAAUACCUUCAAACUACUAUUGCGUGCAGUGUCGCAACAGAACGUUUCACCUGCAUAGGAAAGACAGUUAUUUCGCCAGGGUUUACUGAAGUGAUGCCUUGGCAAAGCAUCCCGUUGGAAGAGAGCCUGCCCAUCUGUGACAGAGGAGACCUCUUCCCUGUGAGCGAAGUGAAGCUCCUGGAGAAGCAGACUUGCCCGCCCGAUUAUUUGACGGAAGCGGAACUCAUUACCUUGAUGGAAAAACACGGGAUAGGUAGGGAGAUGGUCCUUUCUAGUGGCACGUUUAGCCUAAGGGGGUGGAAAGGAUCUUUCUUCAGAUGAUGGUCAUCUCACAUUUCUUCCAAGGUUUAGGAAGAGGAGGUGG